UUUACCAAACGCCUCUUUGCAACAAAAUCCCCCAACGGAAACGAAAGAUGAGCGCCGCAGUCGAAACCCGCAAUUGGCUGGAGCUGCCGUUUGACGUGACGGCCUCGAUUCUCUCUCGGCUAGGUGCAGUCGAAAUCCUUAACAGCGCCCAGAAUGUGUGCUCUCAGUGGCGAAACAUCUGUAAAGACCCAUCAAUGUGGAGGUCCAUUGACAUGCGCAACUCGGGUGAUUUAUGGGACAUGGAUUAUGAUCUCGAGAAGAUGUGCAUCCACGCCAUCGAUCGCAGCUGCGGCUACUUGCUUGAUAUCAAUGUCGAAUAUUUUGGUACCGAUGAGAUUCUAUCUUAUAUCUCUGAGAGGUCUGUUCAUCUUAAGCGUCUUCGACUAGUGUCGUGCUAUAACAUUUCAGAUGAAGGCUUAAGCAAAGCGGCUUUAAAGCUUCCAUUUCUGGAAGAGCUUGAAAUUUCAUAUUGCUCCAUUUCGAAAUAUUCUCUAGAAACUAUUGGCCGCAGUUGCCCUUUCCUGAAAACAUUGAAAUUCAAUCUUCAGGGAUACAGACGCUUCCACUUAGAGUCUGAUGAUGAGGCACUUGCUAUUGCACAAACUAUGCCCGAGUUAUGCCACCUCCAACUUUUUGGGAACAAGUUAACAAAUGAAGGCUUGCAGGCCAUUCUCAAUGGUUGUCCUCACCUUGAAUAUCUUGACUUGCGGCAAUGUUUCAAUGUUAGUCUUGGAGGGAACUUGGAGAAAAGAUGUGUUGAACACAUAAAAAACUUGCGACGCCCUAAUGAUUCAACUCACGAUUAUGAGUUCAAUGCAGAAGUUCAUGAUACAGGGUCAUCAGAUGAAGAUUAUCCAUCUGGAAUUUCAGACAUCGACUUAAUAUCUGAUGAUUAUGAUGAUUACUUUGAGUUCUCAGGUGCCAGUGACCUCUCUGAUUAUGAUGAUUAUUUGCUUUUUGACUGAUGCCAUGGAGUAGGAGCUACUCUUCCAGUGUCCAGAGUAGGAAAUCAGGUAAAUAGGAUGAAGAUAAAAUGGACCUGCUGCAAAUUCAGCGAGUAUUAUGGAGUUUCAUCAGGUUGGUCCGAGGUAAUCAAAUGCUGGUUUUGUGUGUGUUGCUUUUGUUGCAUGGUAGGUUGACUUGCAUUAAUGUUGUAGUAAUCAACGUUGUUGGUGAUUCCUGGAGAAAACAUAUCUUUUGAGGGACCUUGGCUGUUGUACGUUUUGUUU